UUGACCCAUAAAUUUUGAGUCGGAAAAGAAGAGUGUAGAUAAAAAAAAAAGCUUAUAUAGGCUCCUCUUUUUUUUAUAUGUAGUCAUCUUCCUAACAACCUAAGUCUUGGCAGCUAACACACUCUCAUUAUCUCCUUUCAUAGCUUAAAAAAAUUGAGAUCUAGAGAAAGAUGUCGCUGGCUUACUGUGUUAAGGAGCAGAAACCUUGUGUUCGUUGGGUAGAGAAAUACUUCAAAGACUGUCUUUGCAAUCUAAAGGAUGAAUUUUCUUUUGGUUUUGGAUUCAUUAGUUUAAUCUGUUGGGGAGUUGCAGAAAUCCCUCAAAUCAUUACCAACUUUCGUACCAAGUCCAGCCAUGGCGUCUCUCUUAUUUUUCUACUCACUUGGGUUGCUGGAGAUGUUUUUAAUCUUGUGGGAUGUCUUCUUGAACCAGCAACGCUGCCAACCCAAUUCUAUACUGCCAUUCUGUACACCACAAGCACUAUAGUUCUGGUCUUGCAGGGUUUGUACUAUGAUCAUAUCUACAGGUGGUGGAAAUGCCAAAAGAUUGAUGAUAAUCAACAGGUUGAAGAUGAUAAAAAACCAUUGAAGCAAAACAAAUCAGGUGACUCGGGCAUUCCCAUACCCAAUGCCUCACGUACUGCAACUCCUCGUAGGGAGUAUUAUUACACCUCAGCUAGAUCCAUGGCAGGCAGCGGUACGCCGCCUUUUCGAGGUUACCUUAGGGCAGCCAGAAGUGGCCCUUCAGCUAUGGGGCUUGACAAUGAAUCAUCCUCAGAUGAUGAGGCCUCAACUGUCUCCGUUAAAUCUGUUAGUCAGCCUAGACCAAUUCCUCGAUCAGUUGGUUAUGGAACAUUUCUAGCCACAUCAGUGAACCUGCCUCGACAAAGUAAGGCAUUGACUUAUGCCUACACUGGAAUUACCAGUAGAAGACUUUUACAUGAAGGAAGUGGAAUGGAGCACAGUGCUUUUGGACAGUGGUUGGGAUGGCUUAUGGCAGCUAUAUAUAUGGGUGGCAGAAUCCCCCAAAUUUGGUUAAAUAUUAAAAGAGGCAGCGUAGAGGGUUUAAAUCCUCUCAUGUUUGUCUUUGCAUUAGCGGCCAAUCUCACUUAUGUUCUAAGUAUUGUUGUUAGAACCACUGAAUGGGAUAGCAUCAAAGCUAAUAUGCCAUGGCUGUUGGAUGCUGCAGUUUGUGUUGCACUUGAUUUAUUUAUCAUAUUGCAGUACAUCUACUACAGAUACAUGCAUCAGAAGAGAAUAAGCCAUGGAGAAGACUAUGGAGACUAUAUGGAAGCAAGCAAAGCUGUUUUAUCUUAGAACUCUAGUGGAAGUAUAUUGUAUAUUUGUAAUUUGGAGAUUUAAUCAAUCAUCAUUAGAGAUCCUUUUUCCAGUGUAUUAAUUAUAUAAGCAUGAAAAAUUAAUAAUUUGAAAAUUUUAUCCUUAA